AUGAAGUGUGAACCAUUCCAGUCACCCAGUAUAGCCUCUGAACUAGAGAUCUCCACCCCAAAGGUCGAACUUCUGGAAUCCCAGCUGCAGGCGGGUAUAGUAGAUGAUCGCAAUUUGACUCUUAAACUGUCUCGUCGUGCAAAUUAUUUGAUGGAUAGGCUGGCUCGUAUCUCUGAAAGUAGUUCGCAUUUGUCAGAUCUUCGUAGUCGUUUGAUUCGCAUUUUGAGUGUCAUAAACGGUGAAGAUAGCGACACGGAUAGUGAAUACAAGGAGACCCAGGCACAACCGCCUAACCAGAAAGUGGAAAGUGAAAAAGUGAUCUAUGUGAAAGAUAAACCCUUGAACCUAAAUACAUUUAACUUAAAAUUUGACGGAACCACGUGUGUUCGUGUAUUUAUUGAACGUCUUGAGGAACUUAAAGAGGCUCGCAACAUUACUGAAGCUCGCAUACUUUCAGCUUUUUCUGAUCUUUUAGAAAACUCUGCUUUAUGUGUUGAUUUUUGGCAGGUGUUUGACUUAGGGAGUGACCUUGUAUCCGAAGUACAGUUUGACCGAAAGUCGGAGUCACCAAUAAGUAAUAGCAUAAAUUCGGUUUCUCUUAAGAAAGGCCUUGAAGAAUACGAGUCUUUAUCCAUAGAACAAAAACAAAUCAUGGAUAAUUUAAUCCAACAGUUUGAUACAAUUAACACAGUUAAAGUAGGUUUGGGACGUACCAAUUUAAUUCAUCACGUCAUAGACACAGGGGAUAGUAAACCUAUUAAGCAAAGGUACUAUCCAUUAUCACCUGUUAAGCAACAAGCACUUGAAAAAGAAUUGGAUAGAAUGCUUAGUUUGGGAGUUGUGUCACCUUCACAGUCAGCUUCAACUCACCUGUAG